AUGACUGAACCCUCUGCAUCGACCGAGAAGAAGAGCCUCGUGGUUCAUCUGCAAGUAUGGCACUACAGGGCCUCCGAAGGGCGAAGCAUCGACGCCAACAAUGCCUUUGGCGGCCUCUUCCGCAACGUACCAGACUGGGAGGUCAUUGCGACGGAGUUUUACGCCGUCGCAGGCCUCAACUCGCACGAUCGAUACGUCCCGGUCGAGGUGCGCUUCCGCCACAGAACAUUGGAGUACGACCACCCGGGCGAAGCCGCCAUGGCCGCCGUCCGAAGGCUCUUCUACAAGACGGCGCCCCAGUUCGUCUACCAGUUCUGCAUCAGCAACAGGAGCACCCCGCACAACCUCAACAUCCAUCCGGUGGACGUCCCGAAGAGCUUCAGGUCGCGCUACACGCACGUGUAUGGGCUGAAUCCGCUCCAUAUCCGCAUCAACACCUUUCUCCUUCCCGACCGGUUGCGAGUAGAUGAGGGCGAGGACGAAGUGCAGUGUUGGUUGCGAUCCGCGGGCAACGACAAUACCGCAGACGAUGUCUUGGGCACUCUGGCCGUCGCCGUCAGCCUCUACCUCGUCUACCAGUACAGGCAAAAUGCAGGCAAAGGGAGAGUAAACGGCCAGCCUGAUGUCGAUAUGGUGAAUGAUUAUCUUUCCGGAGUGUAUUUGCCGGAAGAGCUCGGGGGAUUGCGAUCACUGUUGCGAAAGGUCUCUCCCACCACGAAUGUGCAACUGGCGUUGAGAGGCGCAGGUCAGCUGUUGGCGGAGUACGAGCGCCUGGCUGAUCUCGUCAAAGGCAGAUCAAGGAGGCUAGGAGAGGACCGAGUUCUCUCUUGCCAAGAUCUGCACGAGCUGGUGCAAGACGCGCAUACCGUGACUCUCCACGUCUCCAGGCUGAACCAAGCGGUGCGACCCAUGAUCAAACUGCUUGAAGAAGGCUACAAGAACGUCGUCGAGGACUCCAAAAGCUAUAUAGAUGCGGUUGGCAUCCUGGGCUACAUCGGCCUGACUGUCCGAUACAUCACGGGCCGUUCCACCGAGGGCGAUGCCAGAUAUCGCAUGUGGGUUGCAAGAGGUGCAGAGGCCAUGGACAAGAAGACGCGCGUCAGAGAUUUCGACAUUGAAAUGAAAAAGCUAGUCAGAGACGUCCGUCAAGCCCAGGGCGCCAUCUCCGACGUCUUUUGCGCCCGGGUCAUGAACGUGCAGCUGGACGACGACGCCUUGCCGGAGCACGAGAGGAGGCGGAUUCUCGCCACGCUGGGCGUCGACAUGGAGGCCGUUUUGGAUCCUGUGUACGGCCAGGAGCUGGUUCGGCACCGGAUCGGGACGUUUCUCUCGCAGGACGACGUGCUGAGGCGUAGCAUGGAGAAGGUGUUGGAGGAUCAUUAUGGGCUGGCUCGAAGUUGA